AUGUCCGCUGGAUGGAUCCGACCGUGUAGUGAUUUGAAUGAACUUGUUCAGCUGACGGCUUCCGAAUUUUCGGUCCCCCAAGUUUCCUUCGAAUCGCACUCCACCGACCUGUCUGACACGACCCUCUAUCCCAUGUUCUCUCGCAUGUCCGCAUCGCAGGACUUCCUCACGCUCUCUCUGCUCAAACUGAUCGAGAAGUACCGCUGGCAGCGUUUCAACAUCAUCGCAUCGGACGACAGCGACGGUUCCAACGCUGUGGAGGAACUGAAACGCGCGGUGACGCAGAUGCCCGAAGACUUUCAAGACUACAUUCAAGUUUGCUUUGUUUGA